AUUUUUGUAAGGAUUUUCACUUUUCUUUUCUGAUUGUUUUUAUGUUUUGUAAGAUGGAUGGUUUAAGAUCUGAAUGUUUGAGGAGUAAAAUUAUUUUGUAAUUUUUAGUAAGUAAAAUUUUUUGUUUUUAAUGUUAAUUACUGAGUUUUUAAUGUAAAUUUUAUUGUUAUUUCCUUAUUGAUAUAUGUCUUUAAUUUACAAGAAUUCUUAUAAGACUUUGUUUCUUUUAAUUUUUGUACUGCUCAGGCUAUUAGACUCAGUUUAUUGAGAGGCUUUUUUAAAUGUUGUUGUUAGCUUUAUUUAUUUUGCUUACUUAUUUAUUUUUAUUGUGUGUAUCUUAGUGUUUUGGAUUGAGUGCUUAUAGAUGCUUUAGUUUUAUUUAUUUAUCUUAUGAAUAAAAAAUUACAUAAUAGUGAGUGAAAAGUUUCAUGAAUUCCAUUUAUAUAAAAUACAAGAGGAAGGAAUAUUUGAUUAAAUAAAGGGUUUGUAAUAUAUUUCAUUAAUAUAAACUUGCCAUGUUUUUUGAAAUUUAAAUAAUUAUAAUUAAUUUUGUUGCAGCUCAUUUCUGACUUAAAAAAAAAAAGGAAAAUGCAAGACAAGCGCGAUUAAAAAGACGGAUGCUAAUGAUUGAGAGGUGAUCCGGCAGAAAAUGGCAUGAAAGGAAAAAUAGUUUAUAGAAUAAAUUUACCUAGGCGAGGAAAUCCAGGAAAAUGGUCAUUGCUGAAAAGAGGAAAAAAAACAAGAAGGAUAGAACAACAUUAACUCAUGACUGCUCUACGUUGCAUUCACCUGGUACAAAUAUGGAUUUUUAUGCAUCAAGAGAUAUUGAUGUUGACAUGGAUCAUUCCUAUGAAGAAACUGGAUUGAACAUAAGUACAGAUGAUACUUUGGUAGAAGAUGGAUUCAAUAAUAGUGAUAUACCUCAAGAAAUCCAAGAAUCAGAAAAUGAGAGUGAUUGUGAAGAAUUUCCAAGCCCAAAUAUAUAUUGGGCCAUGGGCCUUGUCCGAAGAGGUACAGUGGUCCGAGAAUAGAUCAACAAUAAGGAAGAAGUAAGACUUUGAACUUCAUGAGCAAGCUAUGACUGUAAAGGCUGGGAGAGAUAGGCCGAGAAAGAGUAUCUCCUUAGCUAAACGAAGAAGGGGUCAAAAGGUGAGUUCUAUUAUCUAGAGUGACGUUCCAGAAAGUUUUGUUGAUAAGGAUAUACAUUGUGAAUGUACAGGACAAAGAGGAAGCUGAGAAAUAUCUAAGAAAAAACUACUAUCAUCGCAUUGAAUGCUUUGCAGCUAGCUCUCUGACCGCAUUUAUGUGGAGAAGACCCCUGAACAGUACUGCCUUAGUCACCCCAACUUACAGAGGACCUAUGAGGGUGUCCGAUGGGACAAACACUCAAGUAGUGGCUUGGAUGAACGACAAAUGGAGGGCCAAGAUCAUUCAAAGAGAGAUAUAUAAUGUAAGAGACCCCUUAUAAAAUGAGGAUCAAGAAAUUAAGAAAAAAAUACUGUAGCAAUUAAGAAUUGAACUUGUAAUCAAACUUGAGAGAAAUAUAUAAGAAUUGAUCUCCUCGGACUGUGCCGAGAAUGAUUUUAUUGAGAAUAAACCAGUCUAUCUUCAUUUUCUUGUCA